GUCGGGAAUUUGUCGCAACAUUUCUCGUACCUUGCAAUAUGACGUUGAAAUGGUGACGUCAUGUUGAAGGCAGGUGCAAGUGAAAACGAGGCAGAUUACGGGAAGCAUUAGUUUGUUUGAUCGUCAAUUUACCGAGAAGUUGUGGGCUACAAUCGAUAAGCAACGCAAAUUCAUUGAGCGGACUGGAUUCCUGAUGAAUAGUUCUACACGGUGCUUCAUUUUCAGCUAGCUAUGAUGACGGAGUGAAUUUAUCUUGCAUUUUAUUGAAGUCGAAUUUGUACAUUUGCUUGUCAACAUGGCGUCCAGUUCAGUGAGUCAAGAGAGCCUAGACAUGGAGGACUUUGAAACGACGCGACAAAGAAACAGGAUAAGGACACACCGAGGGAGAGGAAUGUUUUACAGGGGGGACAGGGACGGAGGGGAUCAUGUGGAUCGUGAGGGUCGGGACCAAAACGGGGAGGGAGGGGAAGGCCAUCCAACCUCGUUCAGUCAAGACCACGACUCGCCCACGCGUACUGUUGGCAGAAGCAAAGAUAAAAGAAGCCGACCAAAUCACUUACAUAAAGGGAAAUUACCGAAAGACAAGAGAAAGUUGAGGGAGAAAAGGAGGAGUACCGGUGUCGUCCACCUGCCUUCAACUGAGCUGUCUGUAGCAGAAGUAGGGAGUACCGGAGACUCUUUGGAUGAGGAUGAUGACGAUGACAAAGUUGCCAUGGAAACCAAGAAAAACACAGCAUUUAAUGAAAUCACAGAUAAAAACAAACCAGUUCAUGAGAGACAUGAUGGCCAUAGUCACCAUUCAAGUACAUUCACAACAAGGAGAAACAAGAGUCCAUCUGAUCUCGAGGCUGAUCUGGAGGACAACCAAGAUUACGACAGUACCGUCAGCCAUUCAGAAACAAAUCUCACCCUGAUUGGUCGAUCCGAGUCAUCUGAUACCCACAUGUCCCAGUCUCUCCUGGACAGGCCCUCUUUCACUUCAACGCACAUGGCCAAUAUUAGUGAUCAGGAGGCCAAGGGCUCAGUCUCGUCUAUGAACACUUCCUCUGUAUUGUCUCGGUACAGGGAAUCAGAAGCCCCACUAAGAGACAUUGAUCAAAACAGAUCCAAUAUUUCUAAGAUGAGAGACAAUAAAAGCGAAUCUUCAUACGGCUAUUUAUCAUCUCGGUUCCGUGAUAAGGACCAGUCUCAUGGUUCAUCUCGUGUCAACUACCACGUCCCACGACCGUUCAUCACACAGAACAAUGACAAUGCUGCUUCUUUGGAGAAGGUGAAACAGCUGCUGGAGAAGGAGAAGGAGGAGAACAAGAGGCUACAGCAAAUGCUAGACGACAAGGACCGCAGGAUAGCGGAGCUGGAGAAGGAGGUGUCCCUCCUCAAUAAGGAACUCGAUGAAGUUGAAGAUGAAAAUAUUAAACUGGAAGAAGACAAGAGUGCUUUAAUCAAAGCCAUGUCUCAGCUUAGUACCAAUGUCUAGUGAUCAUCAUCUGUGUUACCAUGGUUACUGAGUUUUAGCUGAGGGGUGGUGUGAGACCACCUCAACAGGGCCUCAGGCCAUAAAGUGUUGUAAAUAACCCCAAAAGGGCCCCAUGUGUCAAGUUACACACAUGUUUAUUGUGGUCAUGUGCUGUAAGCUAAAGAAUUUUGCCAUUUAACCUGUCACUUCAAAGAGGAAAUAGAUCAAUGCCAAGACAAUGUUUUAUUGCCUAAGUGGAUUAGUUCAAGGUGAUGCAUCUAAGGAGGAUAUUACAAACAGAUGCUGCCAGUUUCAUGCUGAACCAAAGACCAUCACUAAAACUGUAAAUUUCAUUUAACUCACAGAUUUAAAAACAGUUUCUUGUCAUUGUCACAUCCGACCUCUGCACAAUGAAAAUUACAUAACCACCUGCCGGCGAAAUCUUGGCAUCAAUCUUAUUUCAUGUAAAAGGUAUCGACAGAAAAAGACAUUUUUCUGCUGUUUUGAAGUCACAGGUUAAAACAGCAAUAGCCAUUAGGUGCUUGUGCAGUUCAAGCGAUAUAUCCAACUUGUGCCAGUUAGAACCAGUGUCUACUGGUAAUGGUCCAGUUAUUAGCGUCCAUGUUUACUGCUAUGGCUCAACGUUGCAGAUUAUCACCGAUUUGUUCCAGUUCUAGAUAUUACAGUUUGUUUAUAUCAUGGAAUGCCAGUUGACACCGUUUUGUUGACAGUUUGAUGUUUAGGGCCGGCCAGGAUCAUACGUAUUUGAAAUGUAAUGUAUGAAGAACAUUCAUGUUUGGAUCACAGUCCUUUGAAAGGAAAUUGUUAUACCCUGUUUCUUGUGACGAUAUCGCAUACUGUUAUUUCAAUCAUAUUAUUUAUACUUAUGAAGUAGGUCUUAAAAAUGCCAGAAGUUAUAAGAAGGUGUUCGCAUUUAUUUCCUGAGUUUGGUCAUUGGAACCUUGGACUAGUUGUAGGUAAAUGUCUUCCUAAACUUAAAUGAGGGAAUACAAGGAAGGGGUAGAUGUGAUACAGAUUUAACUAUGGAUAUGUAUUUGUGAUCAUUUGUAUGUUAAGUUUAGCAGUGUCUUGUGUGGCACAUUCAGGAAGUUCAAGAUUUUUGUCCCAUGUCUGCUGUAAAGAUUAAACUGCCUUUGGCUUCUUGUCAUCAGCCGCCAUAUAGCUGGAAUAUUGCUGAGUUCGGCAUAAAACUAAACUCACUCAUUCUUGUCACCAUCAGGAUCAGUGUGUCAAGGUGUGAUAAUCAGUCAGGUGCCUGUCACAGCCUGCAGCACUGAGUUACUGUCUCUAGGUCCGUAAUUAUUUAUUGCUAGUUGGACACUUGAGAUAAAUUUGAGAAAACACUAUCAGGAGUAUAACUUGUGCUUUAUAAAGCCCAGUUUAAGCAGUCCUGAUAAGACAGCAAGACUUCACAGACCUUAUUAUUGUAUUACUCUUCCCUUCUUCAAAUAUUCUUAAGAUAAAAUAUGUCACUAAUUUUUAAAAUUGUUUAUGAAAAGCACUGCUUCAAAUGUUUUCAAGGCAGUUGGACGGUUUAUUAACAUGGGAUGAGCUGAAGAUGAGAAAGAACAAUUACUUCCAUGCCACUGGUGUGAGUUGUAGGAACAGAGUGCAGAGAUGACUUGGCAAAUUAAAAUAAUCCCCACCUGUCUGAAAUAACAAUCAAAACAUACCGUUUACGUGAUGAUAAACCCAUUCCCUUCUGUAGGUCACACUUCGCCAGUUCUUGGCAUUAUAGAUUAAUGAUAGUAAUAUGGAUAAAUCAUAUGAUCCUUAUCUUGUUUUGAGUGGCACACAUACCAGUUUGUUAGAUAACUGGUAAGCUAUGCAUUUACAGUAUCAUCAUGCUGCACCUUUAUAGUAUCCUCAAAAGUAGGAUCUUCCUGAAGGUCUCUUCAAUAACUAUUAGUCGAAAAAUCAUUUAAAAAUAAUGAACACAAUUUCUUUUACUUUUGUAUUUGUAUUCAUUAUUUUGCUUGCAACUUUUCUGUUUCCAUGUCUAGUGUUCAGUAUGAUACAAGCACAACACAGCCAAAUGUAAUUGAUCAACAAUAACAUGAAGAUUCUUGGUUUAUAUAGGAAUUGAGUUGCUCCUGGGAAAAUAUUAUUUAUCAGUUUCCCUUCUUCUUUUAGUUGCACAUCAAGUUCCAAGUGCAUUCUGCAAAAUACAAGCCAAAGAACAUAAAAAAACCUUUUGCUCAACUAUGCAUGGUUGUGAAAGAUUUUACUCCGGACGUUUGUGAUGUACUUUUUUUUAUGUGGUUUGUGUAAUUUAGGACUAGUCUGAGUUCGGAUAGUGGUACAAAGAUCAGUACAACUUCCUAGGUUUUAUUGGCAACAUCUUCUCUAUGGCCAUGAUAGGGUAUGUGUAAGAGGGUCUAUGAACUUGUAACAUUUAUUACAUGUAGGCAAGGCUCAUGUUCAUGACAGGCUGGUUGACAAGUGGCGGAGUCCUGAAAUGUCCAGGACUAUGCUGUCCACAGAUACAUCACUCAGGUGUGUCUAUAAAUGUGGGUUCGAAUCCCAGUUGGCCCUGGUUAUGUUUCUAGGUUUGUCAACCCUGUACACAUGCUGAAACUUUCACCAACUUGUGGGGCGGUGAGGUAGCCUAGUGGUUAAAGCGUUUGCUCGUCACGCCUAAGACCCGGGUUUGAUUCCCUACAUGGGUACAAUGUGUGAAACCCAUUUCUGGUGUACCCCGCCCCCCGCCAUGAUAUUGCUGGAAUAUUGCUAAAAGGGGCGUAAAUCCAUGCUCUCUCUCACUCACUCACAAGCUUGUGAAUGUCUAAAACCAUAGGUUUCCUUUCAUGCCAAGUUGGCACA